UGCGAGAUCCAGAGGUGGUAAAAGCACUGCGACAACCACUACUCAGUCUUCCACUCACUCACUCUCUCGAGCUGUCUGUCUUCUCCACGGCCGGCGCCCCCCUGCUCUGCACUGCUCUCCGCUGCCCGCCGCUGCUGUCCUUCACCUCCGCCUCGCCGUCCGCCAACGCAGCUCACUUCUCCUCCUUCCGGUCGACGCAACUCCGGUCAUCUCGCCCUCCCACCACGGCGACGGCUGCUCCUGGAUCUGAACCAGCCGCACCCUACCGCCCGCCGCCGCCGGACAGCAGCAGCUAGGUAGGCGGCACCGGCGGCGGUCACCGGAAGGAAGGCAUCCAUCACCGGCGGACCUCCGACGAACCGUACCACUGACGCACAGUAGCAGGCCCGCUGUGCUGCGACCCAACUCUCAUUUGCAGCAGCUAGGUACUAGGCAGACGGCACCGGCACCGGCAGCCGUCGCCGGCAGGACCAACGCAAGGCAACCCUGGGAAUAGUUUCAAAUCCAGAUUGAAACCAGGCCAAACCGCUGCACAUCCAUCCCUGCAUCCGAGCAGGGGAUGGCCCAGGCCGCUCUUGGCGCAGCGCAAUGGGUGGUGGGGAAGGCGCUAGACGCCGUUGCAGACGGCGUGCUGGAGGCUUGGGCGGCCACCAGCAACUUUGGUCCCAACGUCGAGGCCCUCAGGAUGGAACUGCUGCUCGUCAAGGCCACGCUCGAAAAUGCUGCCCGCAAGGAGAUCAGCGGUCCAGCCAUGGAGGAGUUGUUGCAGAGGCUGCGGGACUCGGCGCACAAUGCCCAGGACUUGCUCAACGAGCUGGACUACUUCCGCAUCCACGACCAGCUCCAUGGCACGUACAAUGCUGCCGACCAGCACGACAAGGGUGGCGUCCACGACCUCGCCCUCAAUGCUCGCCACACCGCCAAAGCUGUUGGCAAAUCGGUCAGCUGUUGCCCUUGGCAGCGUGCUAAGCGCCGACAGCAGAGAUCACGCGGCGAUUCCUCCCCGGCCCCGGCGCCAGAUGCCAAUCAGGAGGCCAGCGGAUGCAUGCCCAAGCUCGGUAACCUCCUCCCUUGCUCAUCUUCCCAAGAUCCACAUGUUCGUGAGGAAGAUUGUGGCAGUGUGCAAGAAACACCAAAGCUUGAGUUUAGCAGGGUUGAUUUCUCUCAAAAGAUCAAAGACAUCGUAGACAAACUACAGCCUGUGCGUAAAGAUGUUAAUGGCCUUCUGCAGAGUUGUGGCCCUAGAAGUGUCCCAAACAUUGCCCAGUGUCGUCCUGUCACCAGAGGUCGAAUUGAUGAGCCAAAACUAUAUGGUAGGGACCGUGUCAUGAAUAGCAUCAUACAUGACAUCACCAAGGGUCAAUACUGUGAUAAGGCUCUAACUGUGCUUCCGGUUGUUGGUUCGGGGGGCAUGGGGAAGACAACUCUCAUACAACACAUAUAUCGCAGCCAACAAGUACUGGACCAUUUUCCAGUCAUGAUUUGGAUAUGUGUCUCGCUCAAUUUCAGUCUAGAUAAGGUGCUAGAACAGAUUAAAACAUGUACCUCUGAAGUUGAAAAUGAAAAGAAGAGCAGUACAACCGAAGAGCUGAUUGAACAAAGAUUGAAAUCUAAAAGGUUCUUACUUGUAUUGGAUGAUAUAUGGCAGAUUAGCAAUGAGGAUGACUGGGGGAAAUUAUUGCUGACACUCAAUAAAUCACAAGAAAAUGGUUCCAUGAUACUCGUCACAACUCGGUUUCAAGCAAUAGUAGAGAAGGUUAAAGCAACUGGUCACUCAAUAAAACUGGAUGGUUUAGAAUCUGAAGACUUUAGAAAGUUAUUUCUUACAUUUGUCUUUGGUGACGAACAAUGUCCAAGGGAUAAACAUUUUCUGCUUGACACUGGAGAUAAGAUAAUGGAAAAACUAAAGGGCUCCCCUCUUGCAGCAAAAACGGUGGGUAGAUUACUGAGCAAAGACCUUAGUUUGGGUCAUUGGAAAAGGGUCCUAAAAAGUAAAGGAUGGGAGAAGCAGACUGAUGGCAAUGAAAUUAUGCCUGCCUUGAAGCUUAGCUAUGACUUUCUUCCUUUCCAUCUGCAACAAUGUUUUGCUUAUUCUGGAUUGUUUCCUGAAGAUUACAAUUUCAGAAGUGACGAGCUAAUCAGUCUAUGGAUCGGACUAGAUAUUUUGAUACCCAAUGGCCAAAACCAACCAUUUGAAGACAUAGGUCUGAGCAAUUUAAAUGAGUUACUCAUGCAUGGAUUUUUCAGAGAAGAGAAAACUGAGUAUGGUUUGCGUUAUGUUAUGCAUGAUUUGCUGCAUGAUUUGGCAUUGAAGGUUGCAUCUUAUGAUUGUCUUAGUUUUCGUCUCCCUAGUGUUGGAUCAGUACAGAUUCAGCCAACCACCCGUCACUUGUCAAUAAGCACAUGUGGUUUAGGUAAAUAUGAUGCAGUGUCUUGUAAAAAAUUGAAGAGUGAAUUGGAAGAACUAAAGACAAGAUUUAAAGUUGAAGAAUUGCAAACAUUGAUGUUAUUUGGACAAAUGGAUGAAGGCUUUGCCAAGAUAUUUGGUGAUUUUAUUGGGGAAGCGAACACUCUUCGUGUUCUCCAUUUGCCAAGCAUGCUUUGUCCCGUGGAGUUCAUGUUACAUAACUUUUCAGGACUACUCCACCUACGAUACCUCUGCCUAGGGAGAUAUGAGAGCCAGAUGCAUUUACCACUUGGCAUCUCCAAAUUUUAUCAUUUAAGGAUCCUAGAUCUUGAAAAGUGGCAUGGCAGUUGUGAUUUGCCUGAAGACAUGAGCAACCUUGCCAAACUAUGCCAUUUUUAUGUCCCAAAUGAUCAGCUUCAUUCUGAUAUUUAUAAUGUGGGGAAACUUAAACUCUUAGAAGAGUUGAAGGUAUUUCAAGUCAAUAAAAGAAGUGAAGGGUUUGAAACAAAGCAACUAGAGCACUUGACCAAGCUAAGGGAGCUUGGCAUCUACAACCUUGAGAAGAUAGAUACAGCAGAAGAAGCAACUCAAGCAAAACUGAUGGAGAAAAAUUACUUGAGGAGGUUAACAUUGGACUGGGAUAGUAAGCGAUCUAGUGUUGAGCCUGGUGUGGAAGCAACGGUUCUUGAGGGCCUUCAACCACAUGGAGAUCUUCAAGUGUUGUGCAUUAGAGGGCACGUAGGUCCUUCUUGUCCAACAUGGCUGGGUGAUGAGUUCGCUGUUGAAGGUCUACAAUCUCUUUAUCUGGAUGGUGUUUCUUGGGAAGUUUUCCCUUCUUUAGGGAAGGCAUGGGAUCUUCGUGAAUUAAGGUUUGAGCAUAUUGCCAGACUGAAGGAGUUUAUCAUAGAGAAAAGCUUUUGCGUGCUAACAAAGCUUAAACUCAUUGGCCUAGGAAGUUUUGAAAAAUGGGUUUAUCCAGCUGAACAAGAGUCUUCCAUUAGUGGAGAAUUGUUGCCACCGGAUGCUCAUAUGUUCCCUCUUUUGCAAGUUCUGGUUAUUAGAGAGUGCCCGAAAAUCUUGGGGUUGCCUUUCUCAAACCACAUUGUUUCCCCAGAUUGGUUCCCCAAGCUACAAGAGCUUGAGGUACAUGACUGUCCCAAAUUCUUGCCAGUGAUUCCCAUCUCCUGGAUCGAAAGUAAGCGUUCUGUCACUGUGAAAUGUGUAAAGAUGCUAAAGGAGUUUGCAUACUCAAAAUCAUCCACUGGAGCACAAUUGAAGAUUAUCGGAGAGAGUGAUCUGCUUAGCAUAGACCAAGUGCUGGUUUUUGAUAAAGAAACCGGUCUAGAGACGCUGACACUGAGCAAGUGCACACCUCUGGAGUUGAAGCACCUUCUGAUGCUAACCUCGCUGAGGACAUUGAUUGUAAAAGAUUCAGUUGGUCUAGUUGGACCACUAGGAAGAGGUCAGAGUGAUGUGGAAUGGCAGCUCCCUGUUGAGUGUAUCAAGAUCGAUGGCUUAACUGGUAAUACUGGCGAGGAACUGACAGAGCUCCUUCCCCACCUCCCAAAGCUCUCCAAAUUGGAAAUACAGGAUUGUAAAAACAUAAAAAACCUGGUAGUGGGGGUGGAUGUGCAACAAACAGCACAAGAAUCAUCAGAGAUGGGGGGAGGUGAAAUAACAACAGCAGCAGCAGAGGAAGAGGAUGAUGGGGUGCUGCUCUUCCCCGCUCAUCUCCGUGACUCACUACGGGAAUUGGAUUUCCCUUUCUGCCCAGAGCUGGUCCUGGUGGACCCGCCAACUCUUGUUCCUGGUGGAGGAGGGCUCCAAGCCUUGCAAUCUCUCCAGUUUCUAGUGCUUUGGGAUGUGAAAGGCUUGAGGACACUGGAGCCCCUCUCAAACCUCUCCUCUCUCACCAGAUUAGAAUUGUGGAAUUGUGGAGAGGAUCUGAAAUGUCAGGGCUUGUGGUCUCUCCUUACCACCAGGGGCCAGCUCAACGAAUUAGAGGUCAUGCACAGCCCUAGAUUCUUUGCUGAUUGGGAUCCCAAUCCCAGACGUGCUUUGGAAGAUGCUGAGGGAGUUGAAGAGCAGCAGGCACAGCUUGUUUCAUCCACACUGCGUGAGCUUAAAACAAAUGACGUGGCAGGACUUCUUGCUGCACCUGUCUGCAGAUUCCUCUCUUCCUCCCUCACCAAGCUGGAACUUUGGGGGCAUUGGUGUGAAGGGAUGGAGCGGUUUAGCAAGGAGCAAGAGGACGCCCUUCAACUCCUCUCCUCCCUCCAGGAACUAGAGUUUUGGUCUUUCAAGGACCUUCAACAACUCCCUGCAGGGCUGCGUAACCUUACCAGCCUCAAGAUAUUAUCAGUCAAGUACUGUCCAGCCAUCUCGUCAUUGCCCAACGAUGGCCUCCCUGAUUCACUGCAAGAGCUAAAUGUCACAUGGUGCAACAACAGAGAGCUAAAACAGCAGUGCGGGGGGUUAGUGGGAACCAUCCCCAAAAUCAUAAUAGACUUGUGAUCCAAGGACUCUACUUUGUACAUUCUUCUAGCCUUGUAGAGUUCUUCCCUUCCCAUUCAAACACAUGCAUGACACAAGGGCCUUGUGGCUCUGGUCUUCCUUCUUGUACUUAAAUCUUGUGUUUGUUCGAUCUUGUAGGCUUCUUCUUUUGCAAUUAAAUUCGGGUUAUUAUCAUUCAUCAAGACGUGGUAGUCGACUUCUUAUUUUGGGUGUCACAACCAAAAUAUCGCUACGGCAUCAGUACGGAAUAAAUGAGACUUUGGGUCAAGGUACUUAUAUUAAGGCGUUCUAGUGUUUGUUUGGUAGGCUUUCUAGCCACUUGUGUUUACAUUUUGUCUAAAACUCAUGAAGACUGAUGGUGUACCUGGAAAGUUCAGUUUUAGGGAUCAAAGGAUCAUCUUGGCGUAAUUAUGGAUAACAAUGAGUUGUCAGUGUUUUGCGACUGAUAAGGUUUGCAGUUUCUCAAUUCAGUCUACAUUCCACUGAUAAGGUAUUCUUGCAAUCGAUAAGGUUUACAGUUUUUCAAUUUCAGUAUACAUUCUACUAAUACCAGGUAUUCUUGCAUUCAUCAUAACUGUUCUUAUUUAACGAAAUUUAAUGGCGUAUAGGACUUUGGGUUUGUAGAUCAUCUCAUCGGUAACCUCAUGUGGCCAUGGAAAAGGUGUUGGCCAAAGUAUGAGAAUAGUACUGUCUUGGGCUAUCAGCCUAUCACUGGGAAAGGUGUGAGAAGGUAAAGAUGCCGCUGAACAGUUUGGGGCACCGAAAGGAACACUCUAUGAUUGCAGAGGCUCCCAGUAAAGUGCGACUCUGCAGGCUAGCUCUUUGCUCUUGUCAGGUUAACUGACUUGAAAACAUUUCAGAAUCGUCUGCCAAGGAAUAUCUGAAGCCACGCUAAGGAGGAAGAAGAAGAAGAAGAAGAAGCGUAGCCUGCAGGCUGCAUCAUCUUCCGAAGAAAUCGAUACUUGUCAUGUUGUUAACUGAAGAAUUCAACACCCAGGGGCUGGCGCCAAACCAUCCGGGCUCAUCGUCGACCGUCGGAUCUUCAUCUAACGGCAAUUUACCGCUUCCCCCCUGAGUGGCGACACACCACCACCCUUCAUGGCGCAUCCAACGGUUCUGAAGACUGGAGCUGUCGCUAUUUGAAUUGACCUUCUACUGUCUGCUUGUUCACCUGAUUUACUUCAGCAUUGAUCGAAGUUACCUUUCACUAUGAUAAAAAAAAAGUUACUCUUCACUGGUUGUAAUGGGUAUAAAACCACAGAUAUACCGGAGAGCCCUAGAGCUCAUCUUCCUAUUACUUGGGGUAAACCCCUAGCCGCCGUGUCCUUGGUGUGGGUGGCGUAAACGUGAAUCCUUAAUUCAUUUUAUAUUUUCUCUCGA